AUGUGCACGGACGAUGGAAGUGCAAGUGCUGGUUUUUCACGUUUCAAUAAAAUUCGUGUUGAUUUACAUAAUAUGAAAUUUAAUAUUCGCGAUCAUACAUUUGCUACGACUGAAUAUGGUGAAAAUGUUCCGUAUGCAACGGCUGGUGAUUGCUAUAGUGCAGUAGAUUGUCCCCAGGGUCGCUUUGGAAUUGAUUUGCGAGGUACUGGACUCCGCAUAGUGGACGACCUUCGGUGGAUAGAUCAGGGUCAUCGAACAAGUUCUCGAAUCGAGCGAUCCGAUAAUAAUGCUGUAAUUUUUGGUCGUUGUGGUGGUUACUGUGGUCAAUGUGCACCGGAUAAAUUUAAAGGUUUGAUCAUAGAAAUCGACCCAAAACAAAAGCCAUCGUUAGAUGGAUUAAUGUAA